AUGAGUAUUUCCGACGCACACCUGGAGUUGGAGGUAGCAAAAGCCAUUACUGAGACAGGACCUACCUACGGAAGAAGAAUGAUGAAGGGAUAUUUAGCUAUGAAAGGAGUGCAUGCUGCAGAAAAACGUAUUGGAUCAGUUCUCAAAAUGAUGCACUUGCCCUACCAUAAAGCAAGACAGCAGGGUGCCCGUAAUCUCAACCCCAUGCCCUACCAGGCUCAUUAUAUGGGUCACAAGAUUCAUAUGGAUCAAAAUGAAAAGCUCGUCAUGUUUGGAGUCACCCAUGUAAUAGCAGUUGAUGGAUUCAGCAAAAAGGUUGUGGCACAUUCUGUAAUGCCAAUAAAAAACAACCUUUCCAUCUAUGAAGAAGUGUUUAGGCCUGCAGUGCUUGCUCAUGGUAUAUGGGAUCAGGUGCGAGUGGAUCAUGGCAAGGAGUUUUAUUUGACACUCUUCAUGCAGGAACAGCUGUCAUCUCAUCGACAUAACCAGGAGAAAAGGCCUUAUUUGCAGACCUCAUCCACAAAGAAUCACAUUGUUGAACGAAUGUGGCCUGAGGUCAACAAUCGUGUCAACUAUCCACUGAAGACAGCCCUUAUGCAGUUGGUUGAUCAAGAGGAAAUAGACAUGGAUGAUGGCCUUGUGAGAUUCUGUGUAUCCAACCUGACCUGCCAGUUGUGCCAGAUUGGCCUUACAAGGGUGGUGGAGUCAUGGAAUGCUCAUCGAAUUCCAGGCAAAGGUGUACCAAAUGUCAUGGCGGAACAUGGUUGCCCCAAAAAAGCUUCACAAGAAAUGUUACCUUGCUCAGUUGAAGCAGCAGCUCUUUACAGCCAACUGCUGGGAUCUUCACUAACAACAUACAGUCCUUUUGGAGUGGAUCCAUUUUUAACAGAGCACAACAAGCUAACAGCUGAAAAUCAGUUUGCGGAACAAUAUCCCGAUAUUUCAGUCUUGUUUUCUAGAGCAGUAAACAAUGAGUUUGCACCCUUCAAAGAGGCAUUGCUCUAUCUAGUAAACACAACUCGGCGCAAUGUGUGA